AUUUCUAUGUCUAUGUCAAGUCUGUCGAUUUGAUGAUGCAGUACAGAACGCGGAAGGCGGCGAUGAUGCCGACCUUAGUAGCCGCCUCUGCGCAAAGCUCGGCGUCCCCUAUUGGCUGAGCGUUCUGUCAGUCAAACGGCCAGCGGGGCGGUACUUCAAGGGAAGGCCUCCCCAGAGGCCAAGAGUGGCGGCGGUGCUGGCGCUGCCGCGGGAAUGAGGAGACGCCGCUGAGGAACAUCGGCCGUCCGGGGAGCGUCCACGCCUGAGGAACCGCCGCCGACAAGAUUCCACCAUCUGCUGGAAAAGAUGGGGAACGUGGAAAGCAGCAGCCAUUACCAGAAGCACCUCUCGAGGUUCCUUCCUGAUGAACAAGCCGACAUUGAUAGCGUCUUCGUUGCCUUAUCCGGGUCGGGGGAGGCUGUCGGAGGAAAGGGGGGCAAACCAGCCAAGAAGGGUGUGACUCUGACGAUGCUCAAGGCCCACGUCAAGGAGGCCCUCCCUGAAUCAAUGGUCGUCCGGCUGUACAAUGGGAUGAAGAGCAUCUCUCUGUCUGAGAAGUCUCCUGGGUCCAACGGGCAAGUGGGGAAGGAGCAGUUUGUCAUUUUCAUGUCGGCAGUCUUCAAAGGCAACGCCGAGGAAAAGAAAGGCAUCGUCAUGAAAAUGAUAUUGAACACGGACAGCACCGUGAAGGGAAGUCAGAUCAUUGAGGAAAACAAAAUUAAACUCUUGAAGUUUGCAGAGGAUCUGGUUGGCUCUGUGGUUCAUGUCCUGAGCUACAGGAAGAUGCUGAAGGGCUGGAACUUGAAGAAUGUGCAGAAUUCAACCACAGGAAUAAAAGCUUUGGCGUCUCAGUUAGUGUCGGAGUUGAAAUCGGCAGAUGGGAAGAGGCUUGAGGGUGGUCAGGCGCUGGAUGCUGUCUGUGACGAAAGCAGCAUUGAGGAUUGGGUCUUCCGGGUUCCACAGGUCUCCGCUUUCCUCACUGUGGCCGUCCAGCAGGGGCUGCCCAUCCUGCACUCCCUCCCGGACCAAGAGCAAGAGACCUUCCCUUUGCUUCCGGCAUGCCAGGGGGUCAGAGGCAGCCGCUUUGUCAGCCUCCUCAACAUCCCGUCCAUCACCUACAUCAACUCUCACCUGCCUUCCGAGCUCCAGCACAAAUGGAGGCUCCUCUUUGCCUCCCAGGUUCAUGGUGAGAGCUUUACGCAGCUGUGUGGGCACAUUGUCAACCAGGGGCCCUGUGUGCUGGUUCUGAAGGACACGGAUGGCUACGUCUUUGGUGGUUUUUCGUCGUGUUCCUGGGUGGUUAAACCACAGUUUCAAGGCAACAACGGAUGCUUUCUGUUCUCUGUUUCCCCCUCGCUUGAGGUCUUCACUUACACCGGCUACAACGACCACUACAUGUACCUGAAUCAUGGGCAGCAGACAAUGCCGAAUGGCCUUGGCAUGGGUGGACAACAUGAAUACUUCGGCCUGUGGAUCGACAGCAACUAUGGGAAGGGCCACAGCAAAGCCAAGCCCAGAUGCACCACGUACAACAGCCCUCAGCUGUCGGCCAAGGAGAACUUCACAUUGGACGCCAUGGAGGUUUGGGCGGUGGGAGACCUCCCGGAAAGUGCCACUGGCACGGGGCCGAAGAGCAUCCUGGACGCAGACCCCGAGGCCCAGGCUUUGCUGGAGAUGAUCGGGAAGGGCCGGAAGAGCGAUGGGUUGCGGGAUCCGGCCGAUGGCGAUGGGGGCGACAACUGAGAACAAGGCUUGGAAGCUCUUGCCUGAUGCUUUGUGCAGAGCAGUCUCUGAUCUCUCUCCAACACCACAUGUGAAAACUCGAUAACACAAACCACUCAAGUGUAAUGUGUUUUCCUAGAGUUGCAUGUUGUCUGGUUAGGAGACAAAUCCUUUGCGUAGCGGGAUGGUUUGUCUGUGGCGGGCAGAUGGGGUGAUUGCAUGCUUUAGGUAGUUCUUAAUAAUCAAGGGUAUUGCUGAAUAUAAAUGAAGACAGGUCCACGACCCUCCCCCUCCUUUGGAUCAGUGUUAGCAUCCACUAUUUAGUCACACAUUUCGUCUGUGAGCAACUCAAGGGAGUUUUCGAGAAUCCUGUUGGGAAACAGUUUCCUGAACGAAUUUCAGCUUGUUUGCUCAAGAGGGCCUUUGCUAAUCAUGUUGAAGCAAAUUUUGUUGGGGACAGUUGGUUCAACCCAGUGUUGAACAUUCACAGACCCUGCCUUAGGAAACCCACAUUUUGAAUGUUGUAAAGGCAGUAGCCAGAGAACUGAGCACUUGAUUGAUGCUGCUUUUAGUCUCAGACUGCUGUCCCAGACACCGUUCACAUAAGUGUAUAGGACUGAGAACCAAGUCAGAUUUCCAGGGUGGUUCAGGCACAGGCCAGUGUUGGGAGUGCAAGCGAAAGACCGCCCCCCUGGUGAAUUUCUGGGUGCGUAUGGCAUCACUAAAGCAGACCCUUUAAGAUGCAUGAGAUUGGGCUGAUCCUUGAGCUGCUGGCGGCAAGUUGCAGGUUAACCGGAUCAGCACGAAUCAAUGCUAAAUCAUGCGACGAAGCAGUGGAUACAGCCUGUCAGUCGGGGCGCCAGUCUGAAGGAUGAAACAUUGGUUGCAGCCAAACUUAGCAAUGUCUGAAACCCAAAGACCCAAUUUUCUUUGCUAGGUUUUGUCGAGAAAUGACCUCAAGUCCUCAAUUUAAGGCCUACUUCAGGAUUCAGUCUAGGGAAUUAUAAAGGGGUGUGAAGACGGGGCUUUACCUUGGAUUUUCAUGUGACUGUCAGCUUUGCAAAUCUGCACCUCUAUGCAACACAAACCACACAGCAAAUAAGAUGAUAGCAUCUGAAACAUAAGCUGCAAACUUUAGAGCUACUCAGGACUUCUUAUCAUGCUCCGAAAAGUAAGUGUGUGUGUGAAAAAGUUGUUUGACGAGGCUUGGUAUUCAAAACAGUGUCCUUAGAUCCCCACACCUCUCUUUUUUUAAGUCUUAAGGUAGUGAACUUUUGAGUAGAAAAUUAAGUAUGCAAAGCAAGGAAUCUAAAACUGACAUUCCCUUUGCAAGUGUGAAAAACAAGUAUUAGCUUCCACUAUAGUUCCACUUGAGCCUCGCAGAUUACUGAAAGGUGGGGAAUAACAAUAAAAUAAAAGUGGUCUAUAGAGGUAAACAGUAUGUUGGAAAUUGAAAUGUCCUUUGGCUUGUUGACGUAUUUGAUCAAGUUGCAAAGGCAUAAUUUCCACAAUAGCUGGAUCUCUUCUGGUCUUCUGAGUGAACAGAUCCAGCUUCUGAGUGCAUCUUUUAUGUAUACUGUUCUGACUUGGUGACAUCAUGUUUAAGGUCUGUAACCUUAGAAGGAACUAUUUUGUUCCACCAGCUUUGUUGCAAUAAAUCUACAAGAUACAUAGGGGUGUUUCUUGUUUGGCAGCUAUACUUUGAUAGCAAAUCCUUCCAUGUUGCCUUAUAGCCAUAUAGCCUCAGAUCUUGCUACACCCUUACUUGGGAGUCUUGUCUGAUUGAAUUCAGUGGGGCUUGUACCUAAAAAUGCUUAGAGACAGGCUGCAGAUCAGAAAUUAAAUCAUGUUCACAGUCAUUUUUCUUUCUGUAGAAUAGUGUUUAUGAGACAAGGCAAGAGAAGCUUGAAAUGGAAAAUCUGCAUGUUAAUCUGAAAGAGCUACUUCUGUCCUGAUUGAUGGUUUAUCUGUGUAGACGGAUGCUGUGUCUCACUGUGUAUCCAACCUAUGGUAGCUAGCUGUUUAUAUCCUAGUCUCUUUUUCAUAGGGGCAAUAGGAAGCUGCCUUAUACAGAGUCAAGCUCCAUUCCUCCUUCCUGUCCCAGAGCUGCAAUUCUCAGAGUCGAUAACAAUCAGUCUCUCUUCACAGGGAAUUCUGCGAAUUGUAGGCCUGUGAGGGGAAUGGGGUGUGUGUCUCCUAAACAACUCUUUGUUUAAGGUGGUAUCGCAGGAUUUUAAAAUGUAUGGUGUUUAUGUGGCCCAGGUGCCUCUCCUGCUGCUGGAACCAGCCUCCCCUCAAAAGUAGAGAGGAGGAAGAUCGAAAGAGAGGCCUGCCAGAGGAUGAUUUUCACUUGAUCCCCUCCUUUGGGAGAGAUGGACUUUAGCUGAGGGGUAGAAUAUGUGUUUUGUAGUCAGAAAGGCUGAAGCGUGAUCCCAGGCAGCUCUGGCUAGCAGGAUCACGUAGGUGCUGAUAGAAAACACCCGUCCUCAAGAGAGAACUUUAAAGACCCUGCUCAGCCACAGCUGGCAGUGCCAGGCUAGAUGGAUCAAUUUGUCUGACUCUGCACACGACAGCUUAAGAUGUAAGGUUUUUCUAGCAGAUAUUGAUCAGUGUAAAGCAGCAGAGACUAACCUGUGGCCUUCCAGAUAUUGAGCUCCCAUUAGCACCAGCCAGGAUGGUCCAGCCGUCAGGGGGAAUCACCAACGCCAACUGGGAGGCCACAGGUUAGCCACCCCUGGGGUAAGGGAAGCAAGUGUGCUGAAGGAGGUCACCAAGCUGAUUGCAUUUCCUGGGGUGGGAACAUAAAAAGCCUGCUGGAUCAGGCCAAGGGCCCACCUAGUUGAGCAUCCUGUUCUCCCAAGCAGCUGCCCAUGGGAAACCCUCAAGCAGGGCAGGAGUGCAAGAUUCUCUGUCCACUGCAAUUCGCAGUAGCUGGAAUUCAGAGACAUAGACUGACAGCGAAGGUAGUUACGCCCUUGUCCCUGUGGACCAGGAAGCUGGAUGGAGGAGAAUCAAGCAAAGCACUGCUCAGCACAAGGGAACUGGGCCAUAGCAGAUGUUUUAUAACCCUUUGCAACUCCGUCAGGCAUAGAAAGCCAUGGACAAAGGUGGGUGUGGCCCUGGUUUUUCCUUUUGAUCUUGUUCCAGCCAACUGGAAGAAUUGUAGACUUUUCCAUCUUCUUUAGCUGGCAUUUUUUCUCCAGGGUGAUGGCUGUGAGCUUGCUUUGAGCACAUCCUUUUGUCUUUCCUAUUUUUAAAAUAUAAUGGCGGGUAUAUAUUCACGGAGGGCAAAAUUGUGGCAAUAGAUAGCAUGCGUAGGAAAUGCAGCUGGGCAACACAUCUAACACUUGGAAUACAGCUUCAAGCAAAGGGAGAUGUUCCAUGCUGGAAGAAGAGAACCUAUCCAGGCCAGAGACCAGCAUAGAAGAGUUUGUUCCUGUUCAUGAUGCUAUUUCUUUCCCUUUUGUUUUCUUUUUAACACCUUUUGAGUGGUUUUAUAAUAAUGCACGUCCAGUCGCAUGUACCAAAUUAAUUGCAACAAAUAAAAUGUUCCAGUUCUUUUCUAUAA